CCUCUAUUUACGCAGAUCCACUGUUUUUGGUCCAAUUCUAUGUCCAGAUCACAUCCUGCAUAAAUCUAUUAAAAAACUGCAGACCAACCAUGUGACCUCUUUGCAUUCCUUGGCAGGAAUUUUAUCAAUAAACGAUCCAAAUUUAAUUCAACGUCUUCUCUUCCCCGCUCGGCAACGCAAUCGUGCGAACUGGAAAUGUGGCUGUGGUCUCCUACCAUUGCUUGCUUUUGGACCAUACAACUCUUACUCCCUUCAUGGCAGUUGGAGGAUCGCAGGAGUAUUGAGCCGGUCGUCACGAUCAGGAAUGGAACUCUAGUUGGCCGACAGAAUGUCCAUUACAAUCAAGAUUUCUUUCUUGGAAUUCCAUAUGCCCAGCCACCCGUAGGAGAAUUACGAUACCAAAGUCCCCAGUCGCUGAAUGAGUCGUGGGAGAUCCCGAGGCUGGCAAAGACGUACGGAUUCUGGUGUCACUCUGCACCUCUUUCUCUGCCGGGCUACACCCAGGAGGGAUUCCCUCAUGAGGAAAACGAGGACUGUCUAACAAUAAAUGUUGUCCGCCCGACUGGAGUGACCGCUUCUGCUCAGCUACCGGUCCUGGUGUAUAUCUACGGUGGCGGGUUACAAGAAGGGGGCAGCGCAGAUCAGCGAUACAACAUGUCCUUCCUGGUCCGGGAGUCGGUCAAGAUGGGCACUCCCACGAUCGGAGUUAGCUUUAAUUACCGAGUGUCUGGCUUUGGAUUUCUGUCUGGUCGCGCUGUGAAUGAUUUUGGGGUCGCAAACCUUGGCUUAUACGACCAACGAAAGGCGCUACAUUGGAUCAAUGAGAAUAUUGCGGCGUUUGGCGGGGACCCGACUCAGGUCACUCUCCAGGGAGAGUCGAGUGGAGCUUUGUCGGUGGGAUAUCAUCUCCUUGCAUACGGUGGCCGGGACGAUCGACUUUUCCGCGCCGCGAUUGCGGAGAGUGGUGGCCCUCUUAGCUCGGCAGCCCUUAUACCGCUGGACGAACAAGAGCUGAUGUAUCAAGAUGUUCUCAACGCGACUGGAUGUGCUGCUACAACAGAGACCCUCGACUGCCUACGGCAGGCACCGGUUGAGUCGCUUAAAGCUUCAUUCCAGGGAAGAUUCUUCUUCCCGGUGAUCGACGGGAAAUUUAUCACUGGCUACCCCUCGAAUGCCCUGAAGCAGGGGAAGUUCGUCAAAGUACCAUUACUGAUCGGAUCCAACUUGAACGAAGGAACAGGAUACAUCGCUUCAGGGUCAUUCGGCGCGGUGAAUAGACCGGCAGACCUCAGAGCUGUGAUCACCGGGUUUGGACCGGGGAAGUAUCUUACCAAAAGAACACUGGCCGAGAUAGUUAACAGAUAUCUUCAACUCCCUGUGGAGGAAGUUCAAGCGGACCUGGGAACAGUUCGCAUGUCCCCUGGUCCGCAGUAUGGCUGCCUCUAUGGACACAGUACGUUCUAUAUUGGAGACUACCUAGUCAACGCCCCCAAGCGCUACAGUGCUCAGAUGUGGGCUGAGCAUGGAGCGGCCGUCUAUAGCUAUCUCUUUGACGUGGUUCCAAAUGGCGUGUCGCCUCAGGUCCUCGGAGCGGCUCACUUUCAGGAGAUCGCCUUCGUGUUCAGGAACUUUGCCGGAGUGGGAUACACGAUCCCUCCUCUGACUUCUUCUGACGAAGACGUCGAAACGCAAUUAAGAGAUGCAAGUCAACUGAUGACCCGCAUGUGGCUUAGCUUCAUAACCACGUUAUCACCAAAUAAUCAUCAGAGUAUGUCGGUUCCUUCCUGCCUACCAUUUGGUGACUCACUGUAUGCAGUUCCCGAUCUUGAGGUCGAAUGGCCCGUGUAUCAGAAAGCGUCGUCGAACAAUCUUGUCAUUCGCCUUGAGAACGCUACGAUCGAGGCCGAUACCUGGAGGUCGAAGGCCAUUCAACGUAUCAUAGACGCUUUUGAUGAGUACAAAUUUUAGAUGCGUAGUCUCCUUUGCAGAAUACAAAAAAAGUAGGUACUUGGUACUCGUUCGAUUUUUAUUUGGCUAUGUACUAUUUGCUAGCCCACCCUAGCAUUCUGCCACCUCCCCAUGCACCUAAGUAUCUUGAAGGCGAUUGCCGUGGGGAUAUGGCCUUCAAGCAGUGGGGUGAAGCAGAGUUGUAGAUCGAGUAGUAGUGUGGGCGCAAUGAAGCCCGAAGGAUAGACGAUUUUUUCCUCUACUCGCUCAACCACGAACUGGUCCCCAAUCAGAACAACCUGUCUUUUCAUCAGAGCAAGCGCUAAAUGCCGUCCGACACAGCUUCUCGC